AUGGCUCCAGUACACGUUGGGCCAACUAGUUGGCCAAUGAGUUGGGCCAAUACGUUGGGCCAAUUUCAGAUUUUUAAAGAACAAAUUUCCAGGAGAGGCCCAGAUUCACUAGAAACACUAACAUGUACCACAGCUGAAAAUAUAUCUUUAUUAUUUGCUGCAAGUGUUCUGUGGCUUCAAGGAAAAACCUUAACCAAGCAACCUAUUGCAAAUAAUGAAGCAGUUUUUAUAUACAAUGGAGACAUAUUUAAGGGAAUACCAGAUGGAUGUAGAUCUGAAGGAGAUACUCAAUAUAUCUUUGAUUUGCUGACAAAAGUUGAACCUGGCAACAUUCAUAAUGAACUUUAUAAACUACAGGGGCCAUACGCUUUUAUCUUUUAUGAUAAAUUAAAUAAUAAGAUUUAUUUUGGAAGAGACAAAUUUGGUAGAAGAAGUUUAUUAAUUGGGAAGAAUAAUAACAAUAUAAUAUUAUGCAGUGUUACUCAAAGAACAAAGGAUUAUGAAUUUAUUGAGCUUCCAUCAGUUGGUACAUUUAUAUGGGAUUUAAAAUCAAAUUCAUUUGCACUGCAUCCAUUCAGUCAAAAUGAUAAUUUUAAAAAGAAAGUAGAAGAGUUGGAGCAAUUUCUUGAAGAAGACAUUAAUAUUCGUAACACUGAGAUUGUUCAGGAUCAAAUAUUUUGUGAACCUAGUUCUAAUCACAUUGAUAUGUAUAAAUCUUUAGAGAAUAUGGAUAUAGAUGAUGCAGUUUCUUUAUUACUUAACAAUAAAGAUUGGAUGUCGAAGGUCACGACACUACAUGCAUUAUUGAUUGAUUCCAUUAGAAGAAGGAUAUCAAGUCAACCAACAUUUUGCAAAAUAUGUAUCAAGGAUCAAUUGCCUUGUGAUCACUGUACAGUAGGUAUUUUGUUUUCUGGUGGAGUAGAUUGUUCCAUUCUGGCACUUUUAUCAGAUCAGUUUGUUGAAAAAAACAGACCUAUUGAUUUGUUUAAUGUAGCUUUUGACGAAACUAAAGACUAUAAAACUCCUGAUAGAUUAACAGGCUUGCAAACAUUCCAAGAAUUACAAAAUCUUUGUCCCAAUAGAGAAUGGAGGUUUAAUGAAGUUAAUAUUACUAAAUCAGAAUUGGAUGAAAGGAGACAUAUGCAUAUAGUAGACUUAAUUUAUCCGUUAAAAAGUGUACUGGAUGAUAGUUUGGGUUGUGCCUUGUGGUUUGCUAGCAGGGGAUUCGUUGAUUCUAAUUGUCGAGUACUGCUUGUUGGAAUGGGUGCCGAUGAACUAUUCGGAGGAUAUACAAAACAUAGAGCUGCUUUUAAAAGGGAGUCAUGGUCAGGUCUACAUGCAAUACUUACUGAAGACUGGCAAAAUUUACCUUACCGAAAUCUCGGUAGAGACGAUAGAGUGGUUUCCGACCAUGGAAGACAGCUACGUACUCCCUACUUGGACGAGCAAGUGGUAAAUUAUGUACGUGGUCUUCAGUGUUGGGAAAAGACUUGUCCAUCUGAUAAAUUACGUCACGGCUUUGGAGACAAAAUCCUUCUUAGGUCUUUAGCGUAUCAUUUAGGAUUGAAAAAUGCAGCUUUCUUCAAAAAACGAGCCCUACAAUUUGGUUCCAGAAUAGCAAAUAGUAAAGAAGUAGCAAAUGAAGUGUCUUCAAGAUUAUGUUAA